ACUGUAGUGAACAAAGCCGCGACAGGUGGAGGAUUUUUCGUUGAAAGAGAUAAUAUUUGGUACUUGGUUGGGGUGUUGAUUCAACUACCUCAAGGACAAACCUACGUGGGAUUCCAAGUACUAACAGAAAAUAUUCAAUUUAUUAAGAUGAUAACGGGUAUCUCAUAUUUGGAGGAAAUCAAAACCUUAAAAAACAUAACUGAUCAGCUAAUGCCUCCAUCAGCGCCAGAUUACGCGAGCCGUCUGCCGAAACAGUGUGGAAAUUUCAUCCCCAGCCGAGUGUACGACGAUCUCCACUCGGAAGUGUACGAAUUUCCCUGGAUUGCUCUCGUAGGCUACCGCCGACUUCACUACACUUACCGGCCGUACUUUAGCUGCACUGGAACGCUCAUCAACCGACGCUACGUGCUGACGUCCGGUGCAUGCGUUAGUCAUGGGAAGAUUAACGUUGUUCGUCUUGGAGAGCAGGAAAUCGGAAACGACAGGGAUUGUGAUUUGAUUGACGAAAACGAUUGUGCUCUCGUGGUGCAGGACUUUGACGUGGAGUACUUAAUCAAGCAUCAUAGUCAUGAUAUCGGGUUGAUUCGACUUGCUGGAAAUGUUGUUUAUGAAGAUCACAUCCAGCCUGUUUGCCUACCGGUGACAAAUGAAUUACAAAACCAGCGACCAGCCUUAUACUUUGUCACAGGAUACGGUGGAGAACCACUGGGUGCUGCCGUUCUGUACAACGGAUAUCGGUUUGUCCAGUUUGGCAUUAGAACGCAAGUAAAUCGUUGCGACUCGGGUGCAGCGAUUUACUUGAACGUUGCAUACUUUUUGGACUGGAUCAUGUUCAGUAUGGAAGCUAAAGAUUUUGCCGAACCGGAAUUUGGUUAUCAAUAA